UCUAAUCCUAAUAUCACGUAUACUAAUUUUAACUUCAUCUAGCUCCGGCCACUCGAAAAAGGCUUUCCACCAGCUGUCUGGCUAUCCUUUCCCUUUCCAGUACUCGGACUAUCGUCAUCUUGCUGGACACUUUCUAAUAUUUCCAACUAAUUCCGUUCAUUAAUCCCCACACCUAAUUCGACGACUGUCACUCUCUGAACUCCGUCGUUCCCUGAUAGACAAGACCAUCUAUCAGAUCCACUCUUUACACUAAUCAUUCGGAUCGUUAUAAUCACCACCAGUCCGACAAUAUGGCCUAUCAAAAGCGUCCUGCCUCUAGCUAUCAGCCUUGCGAUACCUUCUUUGUGGAGUCGUAUGACGACUUCCCGGCCCCUCGCAUGGAACCAAAGGAGCAUGCGAGACUGAUUGCCCGAGAGCGUCAGUAUGCCAUUGCGGAUGAACUUUCCAAGAUCACCAGCGAAGAGUUCCGUGAUGACAUUCUGGCGCACAUGCUGGACAUGGAUACCGCCACCCUCCCUGACGUUGAGUCGAUCGAUAUCCAAACCGAGAUUCAAUGGUUCAUGCGUCCCUACCUGCUCGAUUUCCUGAUUGAAGCCCAUACCGCCUUUCAGCUGCUGCCGUCUACUCUCUUCCUGACCAUUAACUUGCUCGACCGAUACUGCUCGAAACGUGUCGUCUACAAGAGACACUACCAAUUAGUCGGGUGUGCGGCUUUGCUCAUUGCUGCCAAGUAUGGUGACAAGAAGGAUCGUGUUCCGACCAUCAAGGAGCUCAAGUCGAUGUGCUGCUCGCUUUACGACGAUGACAUGUUCAUCCAGAUGGAGUGGCAUGUGCUGCAGACUUUGGGCUGGACUAUCGGUCAUCCCACGGUCGACAACUUCCUGCAAAUGGCUGUCAUGGAUUGCCCUUAUGACGCAGAGGUUGAGCACCUGUCUCUCUACAUCGCGGAAAUCUCCCUGUUCCAUCGGGAAUUUGUCUCCAAGCCUUCGUCCGAUCUAGCCAGAGCCUCCUUGGCUCUUGCACGGUGCAUCUUGAACCGAACUCAGCCUCGUCACACUGAGUGGGCUUCUCAAUACGACUCAAUGACACUAGUGGGAUUGUCUCAGCAACUACACCAGCCCUCGCAGGUGCUCUCUAGGAAAUACUCGUCGGCCCACUACUCGCGGGUGUCGAAGAUCCUGGAGCAAUUCCUCGCCCGCCAGGCCUCCGUCGCGAGCUACACGCCCCCUAGCCCGCCCUCCGAUGUUGUUCCGGCCGAGUCUAAACCCUAUGAAGGAGAGAUUGGUCUUGCUACGCCCCAGAAGGCCCCGCAAUCAUCCACUAUGGCUCACGGCUACAUCACACCGCCAAUUACUCCUGAAAACGAAGUCUUCGCCAACGGUGGUAAUCCCACCUUUGCCAAAGGAGUAGCUGGCACUAGUGCCUGCUCACCGUCACCCACCCCCUCCCCUAGUGUACCAUACACCAAUGCUCCCAGCUACGCGCAGGAGGCUACAUAUCAACAACAAUAUCUCCAGCCUCAAAUGUCUUUCAGCACCGGCUACUGAAGUUGACCUGGCUGAAAGCAA